GCUGAAGUUCGUUUCCGGUCGUUUUUCCUGUUGAGGGUUCAACUGAGUCUCUGCCUGAAAUCCACCUUCAAACGUGUCAACAUGUUUUCAGAUGCAGACCACAUCAGACCAGGUCCUGAUCCAAUCUGACAGUUUACUGAGAAGACUCUUUGAAACCACAGUUUGUGAUUUAUUUGUGAAAGAACUCAAAACGAGAAGGAAAUACAUGUCCAGUGUCAGAAAGUAAAUCAGCAGGAAACAGAAGAGGAGCUGUUAAAGUGUGAGAUCAGUUGUUUUAUUCAGAAUAAAAGCAAAACGUUCUGCAUCACUUGGAUGAGGAAAAAAACAGACUCACACAUUUACAAAGCAGUUCCAGUAAAAACCAGCAGGAGUAAAACGACAGGACUGAGGUGCGGCGGCGGGGGGGUGGUUGUGACCAUGCUGAGUGUUGGGGGGUUGGCGAGGUCCGGUUUCCUGGAGCUCCGCCUCCUGCAGCUUCCCGCUCGAGGAGUCUGUUCUGCUGUGAUCCACAGGAAGUCACCUGCAUGUGCCACCUGGUGUGCAGGUGCGAGUGUUGGUCCACCCUCAGCCCGCCACAGGCUACCUGUAAGGAUGACGUCAGGUGUUGGCGGUGGUGAUGUGGCGAAUGAUGCAGCAGGUGUGGUUACAGGUGCAUCUGGCUGGUGCGGCAGCCUGGCGGACUCAGCUCCAGUUCACCUGUUUGAGCACUUCCUGGUGAGCGCGCAGCAGGUGAGCGGGUUGCCGUGGUGGCUGAGUAUCGUAGCGGUGACGUUGUCAGUCAGGACGCUCAUCACUCUGCCGCUUGCCGCCUACCAGCUGGUCAUCAUCUCCAAGGUGGAGGCGCUGCAGGUGGAGAUCUCUGAGCUGGCGAAGAGGCUUCGAUACGAAGUUUCCGUCCGAGCAAGAGAGAGAGGCUGGACGGAAAAACAGAGCAGGUUCCAGUUCAAGAAGAACCUGCGUCGUAUCGUUUCUCAGCUCUACGUCAGAGAGAACUGUCACCCCUUCAAAGCCAGUCUGCUGGUCUGGGUUCAGUUUCCUCUGUGGGUCAGUCUCUCUGUGGCGCUCCGAAACCUGAGCCUGCAUCAGUCUGCGGUGCAGUGUGAUUUGGCAGCAGGGGGCGCUCUGUGGUUCCCUGACCUUUCAUCGCCUGACUCCACCUGGAUCCUGCCGCUCGGUGUGGGACUCAUCAACCUGCUUAUCGUGGAGGUUUUUUCUUUGCAGAGACAGAAUCCGACUCGUUUCCAGAAGCUGCUGCUGAACUUCAUCCGAGGGUUUUCUGUCCUGAUGGUUCCCAUCGCUGCUACUGUCCCCUCGAGCUUGUCUCUGUACUGGUUCAUCUCCAGUCUCAUUGGAUUCAGUCACAACCUCGUCCUUCGUUCUCCUGCGAUUCACAAACUCCUCAAACGACCACUUCCUGGAUCAGAGACUCCGUACAGAGACCUGCUUUCAGCCCUCGUCAACAAAUACCGCAAAUAAAUACACAGUACUGCAAAUCAUAUGGUGUGAAAAACACACAUGAAGUAUUUCACAUUUGUGACCUGCUCCGCGUCCUCACAUCAGAAUGGACCAAUGAGAAGAAACUAUGUUUUAUACAGGAAGUGAUGUAAAGUCAAUAAAACUCUAUGUACAGUGAA